GAGCGACAACAAGCUUUGGUCAGGUUCACGCUGCUGCUGUUGUUUGUUGUGCUUCCCCAAAGGGAUGGAUACUCGGGAAGCUUAUGAUGUUCACAGGGGAGGAUGUGCCAGACUGUGAAUGUCCGUGUGUGUGUUUGCCUCCAGUGAACCCCUGAACCCUUCGCCGCUGGCCAGACAGGUACCGUGGUCACGUCUGUGCGCGUGUAUGUGCGCCCGCCUGAAGGUUCGCGGGGGUUGGAUGGCUUUUUAUUGACACGAUCAACAAGUGCACGAGUGGCCGGGUUACUGAUUACAGGUGAUGUUAUAAUUUGUGAUAAGGCUCUUGCUUUAAGCACAAAGUCCCACCAGGUACAACAAGCCUUCAGCUGCCAUCCCUCUUAGGACCACUGCUGCAUCUCAGCUUUUUGUUCGACGCUUUCUUCUUUCUGGCAUCUGCUGAGUACACGGCAGCAUCAUGAGUGUGGAGUCCAAAAAGACACGUGAGGCAUGUUGCUCCAAGCUUAAGCUCUUCCUGGCCUCUCUGGCAUUUGUGUAUUUUGCCAAAGCCUUUGGUGGAGCCUACAUGAAGAGCUCCAUCACCCAGAUUGAAAGGCGCUUUGAUAUCCCCAGUUCCCUGAUUGGGGUUAUAGAUGGCAGCUUUGAAAUGGGCAACCUGUUGGUAAUCGCGUUUGUGAGCUACUUCGGUGCUAAGCUGCAUCGUCCCAGGCUGAUUGGCAUUGGCUGUUUGAUUAUGGCCGCUGGUUCUUACCUUAUAGCCCUGCCUCACUUCUUCCAGGGAUUGUAUAAAUAUGAGACCAGCAUGUCUCACAACACACAGGCCAACAGCUCUGAGAGCGUCCUGCCCUGUCUUUCCAACCAGAGCUUGAUAGAAGCAGACAAGACACCCGACUUAGAGACCCAAACAGCUUGUGAGAAAGCAGCCGGCUCGUCCAUGUGGAUAUAUGUGUUCUUGGGAAACAUGCUGCGUGGAAUUGGAGAGACUCCCAUCAUGCCCCUGGGAGUGUCCUAUCUGGAUGACUUCUCCAGAGAAGAGAACACUCCGUUUUAUUUGGCUUGUAUCCAUACGACGGGAAUUUUAGGACCUAUGUUUGGGUUCAUGCUUGGGUCUUUCCUGGCCAAGAUCUAUGUGGACAUUGGAUUUGUGGAUUUAGACACCGUCACCAUCACCCACAAGGACUCCCGCUGGGUGGGAGCCUGGUGGCUGGGGUUCAUAGCGACCGGCACAGUGGUUCUGCUGUCAAGUAUCCCGUUCUGGUUUCUGCCCAAGUCUCUGCCCAAGCAGGGGGAAGAGGAGAAACAGAGCAAAAGCACAGAGCUUGCCGUGGUGACAGAGCAGGAGAAUUUCCUGCCGGAAGAAACCCAAGACCAUGAGGAGACGGAAAAGGAGAAGGAGAAGCCGGUCACAUUCCAGCAGCUGGCUAAAGAUUUCAUUCCGUCGCUGAAGAGGCUCUUCAGGAACAGCAUCUUCUCUAUGAUGAUCCUCACCUACCUGGUGUCUGUUAAUGGAUUCAUCGGCAUGAUCACCUUCAAGCCAAAGUACAUGGAGCAAAUCUACGGCCAGUCGGCCUCCAAGGCCAUUUUCCUCAUAGGUAUUCUGAACCUGCCGGCUGUAGCUCUGGGCAUCAUCACGGGAGGUUUCGUGCUGAAGCGUUUCAAGCUGGGCAUCGUCGGAGCUGCCACGGUGUCCAUCACUGCCUCUAUUGGGGCCUUUUGCAUGCUUCUCAUCCAGGCUUUCAUCCAAUGUGAAAACGCAGAGGUAGCCGGUCUCACCAUUUCAUACCAAGGGGCUCCUCAGCUAUCCUACAACCCGCAGACCUUGCUGUCGCAGUGUAACAUGGGUUGCUCCUGCUCAAUGAAGCACUGGGACCCGGUUUGCGCUUACAACGGCAUGACGUACGCGUCACCCUGCCUGGCUGGCUGCCAGACGUCCACCGGCAGCGGCAGGGAGAUGGUGUUUCACAACUGCACCUGCAUUGGGGAGACGAUGAUUCCAGCCGCCAACAUGUCAGCUGUCCUUGGCCAGUGCCCCAGGCAAAGUGACUGCGAUAGGAAAUUCAAACUCUACAUGGCUUUGUCCGUAUUGGGGUCCUUCAUUUCGGCCUGCGGGGGCACGCCGGGAUACAUCGUACUACUCAGAUCCAUACAGCCAGACCUGAAGUCACUGGCUUUGGGUAUGCAGACGCUGAUAGUAAGAACUCUGGGUGGGAUCCCUCCCCCUAUAUACUUCGGAGCGCUGAUCGACCGAACUUGUUUGAAGUGGGGCACCAAGCAGUGUGGAGGCCGCGGAGCAUGCAGAAUCUAUGACGCUAAUGCAUUUAGAAUUACAUUCAUGGGGCUCAUUACUGGACUGUACCUCCUAGCCAACCUUAUGUGGGGAGGCCUUUACAUGAAAAUUGUGAAGAGACAAAAGAAGUUAGCACUGAGGACUCAAGCCAAAGAAGCUGGACAGGAGGGUAACGGAGUGGGCAAUGGACACGCCAACAUCAACAUUGCCACCAACAAAGAAGAGGGAGACAAGGAGAGCACUAUUUAAGAUGCUCAUUACACAUUGUGUAAUGUAGGUGCUGCAUAUGUUCCUGCAUCCAUACUGGACCAAAACGUAGUAAUGGUACAGUGUCAGCAGCAGUCUUUGGUCUUAGAGCAGUAUACCUCCUUUUUUUCCUUUUUUUUUUGUUUUGUUUUGUUUGUUUGAGGCAGUACCUACUGUUUGUUCACUUCACAAAGGUCAAAGAUCCCAACUAGAGCUUAGCUGUAAAAUGAACGACAACUCAUCACUGUGUAGUUUACCCAUGAUGAUACUGGGAGAGGGGUAUGUGUUUCAGAUAUUUGAAGAUCGUCAACUUGUCUCCGCCAUUUAUACUUGAACCGCCAUUAGGUCAGGUAAAGUUAGCGUCUCACCUUACAGCUUUAUAUUGAAAGUGAUUUAUGCGCCAUUAACAGUUCAGCAAUCAUCUAAACAGUAUACCUAUACCUUUAAACAAACAAAAAAUGAUAAUAAUACAAGUAGAGGACAGCUUAAGUGUUUGUUGCCUAAUAUACCAUAGCACUACUAAGUAAAGUUGAGUAUUCUUUAUAUUAUUUUUUUUAUUUUUUUUUUCACUAAGAUUCAGGGAUUAUUUUUGGGAACAGUUUUGGGGAGUUUGCUUAUUUGCAAUUUAUAUAAAGCAGCUUUGUUCAAAUGUUACAAAAUCCAUCUAUUAACAACUCUAAAUCCCACUGAUUAACUGGCUAUAUACAAAAAGAUGGGGGGCCAUUUACCGAAAUACACCAUAAUGUCUCCUUGGAAUCUUGCCAUGGCUUUAAAAUUGCCUGACAACAAGAAACAUCAAGAGAUUAAAAGCAACAUAAUGCAACUAUUUUACGUUAAAAUAACAUCUUUAGAAUCAUUUUGAUGGUACACUGUCUUCUAAUAGUGAAAAUGGAGCUUGGGUUGAGUGGGUAUGAUAACCUACAACAUGAACUGAAAAGUAUGCUUUACAGCAACAUGUCACACCAGCAACCAAGAGUACGCAGCCAGCUGUACAAAGAAGCUGGUCUGUGCUUGGUUAAAAUGGAACGAAGAAGACCUGUUAAAACCGUACGCCUGGGACAAUGUGAGGCAAAGACAACCCAAAUCAAUUCCUCUUCUACACUUACUUAGCUCUCUUAGCACACACUAACCCUAACCCUAACCCUAGCAUUUAUGGUCCACGCUGUAAAGUAUUGUAGAAACACAGCAAGUUGCUUCACCCCAGUCAAUGUGAGAUGGAAUGAGGUUGUGCAGCCAGUUAAGAGGUAUUAUGUUAAAUUGUGUGCGCAAGCUCGAGAUGUUUAUUGCCACGUGUGUAACGUAAACUGAUUCCAAAAGCAGGAAGGAUUUAAAAACUCCAAGAGAGUGACCAAGACGCAUGAAACGAUUAAAUCUUGCGCUGGCUUUUAGAUUUUGAGGAGUAAGACUGAUGUCGAGCUGACUUUCUUGUUGCUACCCCAGUCCGUGCUACUGGUCACCUGUGUUUUGUGUUGCUGCACGUGCUCGAUUUUUGACAGAGCUUCGAUUGAUUUAACAUCACAGCACCUUACAUAAAUUGGUAAAGUCAGGAGGGUGAGUGGUACAAAGUGCACAUUAUGUAAACUAAGUUUUAUUCAGCUGUUCCUCGUUGUUGUGGACUGUAACUAUUGUAGGUUGGCACUGAGAUGAUGAUUUGAGUUGAGUUGAUGGGUGUUUAUAGGUCUCCCAGUACCCUUGCCUGCUUAAACUUGAAGCAAUUUCUCUCGCUAGUAUGAGGUUAGCACCAAUCUUUUCAUCUAACUAGGUAAGAAAGCAAAUAAGCAUAUUUCCCCAAACGUGAAAUUAUUCCUUCAGUUUUGGACAGGAUGUUGGACAAUAGCCUAAGCUGGACUACGUUCUUGUAGUCGUUGAGUCAGAGACAUUAUUUUCUCUAGUAAACCUACCAAAAAUAACCUUGUAUCUUUGAAAUUAUGAAUUGACUGUGCGUUGACACGUUAAAGUGCUUCAUAUACAUAUUUGAGAAGCUGUAAACUACUUGCGUCACUCAAACUGAAGGGGAAGAGUUACUUGCCAAGAUCAUUUCAGUCAGUUUAUUGUCUCAUAAAUGACUUCCUAAACACACGUCUUCAUCUGCACGCAGGGGAAACGUGAAGUCUAAGGAAUCUGAUUCAUAACUUUUAUUCUUACUAUUAGCAGUGUGCCCCAGCAACAUUUGACAUGUCUGGAUAUGCCCUGCUGUCAGAUUGUGCAUGUCAUUGUUACAUCACACCAUUUCACGCAACCCCCCACAGGUCAUGAGCAUUCACAGGGCCCUCGCUGGUGUUUGUCUGACAAAGUUCACUACGGUUUGGACAGUAGACUAAAAGUGAGUGAGUCAAGUGUCACAUUUUACUUUGAUUUACUCUCUUACGCGCUGCAGCUUGCUUGUUAAAUGUGUUGCUGAUUAAUACAUAUGCAUAAUCAUUGUUAAUAAUGAGAGAUUAUAUAUUGUGUUAUAAUAUUUCUAUUUUGUCCAUAUAUUGUGUUUAUUAACAUUUUUCUUUUUUUUUCUUUUUUUUACAAUUUCGUUGACUGUCCUUGAAGCAUGUAUAUAAGCAUUAAAGACAGUUACCCCCUGCCUUUAA